AUGUCUAAGUCGACCACAGUCAAAGAGGCCGUCAAGGAGACCCUCCUUGGUAUCGAUGAGCCAGUUGAGCUCACGGCCAAGAACAAGGCCUUCUUCUACGGAAGCGCGGUCAAGGACCCGAAGACGGGAGAGCUGUACAUGGGCCCGAACGAGUUCAUGGACGCGGUUGCACCCCCCGACGAGGACUACGGAAAUAUCACUCGUGAGCAGUACCGUCUGCUCUUCAAUGUCGCCGAUCGCAGGGGCACUGGUCGAGUCACACUUGCCGACUGGGCGGCAUUCAACAACAUACUGAUGAAGUCGGAUGCCGAAUAUGAGGUUGCUUUCCGCAUUUUCGAUUCCGGACGUACUGGCAGCGUUAAGUACGACGAUUUCCGCAGUCGCUAUGAGGAGCUCAAAGGCCCCAAGAGCAUUCCCUUCGACUGGGAGAGCGAAUGGGCAAAGCUGUACAUUGGCACUAAGUCGAAGCGCCACAACCUCACCUAUCAAGAGUUCUCUCAGAUGCUUCGCGGACUCCAGGGAGAGCGCAUCAGACAGGCUUUCUUGCAGUUUGACAAAGAUGGCGAUGGCUACAUUGAGCCGGAGGAUUUUGAGCGAAUUAUUCGUGAGACGGCUAAGCACAAGCUCUCCGACCAUCUCCUCGAGAACCUGUCAACACUCUGCAACAUCUCCCUUGGUAGCAAGAUUUCGUACGCGAAUGUUCGAGCAUUCCAGAAUAUGAUCAAGGAAAUGGACUUGGUCGAGCUCAUUAUCCGCAAAGCCUGUCAGAAGAGCUCCGAUGGGAAGAUCACUCGAGCUGAGUUCCUGAACGAGGCUGCCAAGAUCACGCGUUUCUCCUUCUUCACCCCCAUGGAGGCCGACAUCUUGUUUCACUUCGCGAGCCUUGACGAUCCCUCGGGCCGACUCAGCCUGAACGACUUUGCCAAAGUCCUGGAUCCUUCCUGGCGCAACCGUGGCACCAGGGAAGGCCCAGCAAUCAGCCAGACCAAGACGAAGACGCAGAAUGUAGUCAGUCAAAUUCUGGAGUCGGCAUACAACUUUCUUUUGGGCAGUGGAGCUGGUGCCUUUGGUGCAUUCAUGGUCUAUCCUAUUGAUCUUGUCAAGACCCGCAUGCAGAACCAGCGUGGCGCAGAUCCUGGACAACGCCUCUACAAGAAUUCUGUGGACUGCUUUAGAAAAGUCAUUGCCAAUGAGGGUUUCAAGGGACUGUACUCGGGAGUCUUGCCCCAGCUCAUCGGUGUCGCUCCAGAGAAGGCCAUCAAGCUCACCGUGAACGACUUGGUGCGAAAUGCGUUCACUGACAAGAAGUCGAGUCAGAUUUGGGUUGGUCAUGAGAUCCUGGCUGGCGGUUCAGCAGGUGCAUGCCAAGUUGUCUUCACCAAUCCUCUCGAAAUUGUCAAGAUUCGACUCCAGGUACAAGGAGAGGUCGCCAAGACAACAGCUGGUGCUAAAAAGAGAUCGGCCAUGUGGAUUGUUAAGAACCUCGGCCUGGCAGGUCUCUACAAAGGCGCCAGCGCCUGUUUGCUUCGAGACGUUCCCUUCUCGGCCAUCUACUUCCCCACGUACAGUCACCUCAAGAAGGACGUCUUCGGCGAGUCACCAACCAAGAAGCUGGGUAUCCUGCAGCUCCUUUCUGCUGGUGCCAUAGCUGGUAUGCCGGCUGCCUACCUCACCACUCCAUGCGAUGUCAUCAAGACACGCCUGCAAGUUGAGGCCCGUAAGGGGGACACCAGCUACACCGGCCUGCGUCACGCCGCGCAAACCAUAUGGAAGGAGGAAGGUUUCAGAGCAUUCUUCAAAGGUGGACCUGCUCGUAUUCUCCGGUCAUCUCCCCAGUUCGGUUUCACCCUGGCCGCAUACGAGGUCCUCCAGAGUGUGCUUCCGUUCCCCGGCAAGUCGAAGCCCCAGCAGGUUCACACAGGAGUUGCAGAAGUUGUCUCGACCAUCAAGGAGAAGGACGUCGCAUCUCCUCAUACUCGAAGCCGCAAUGCUUUGAAGAUCAUCCUUGACCUCGAUGAGGAUUUCGGCCGUUUCCGUCUUCCUGACCAGAAGGUAUGGUCGUCUGUCCCCGCCUCCAUGGGUGGAAACCCCGAGGCCUAA